AUGGCUGCCAAGGUUCUGUGCUUCCUCGCCCUCGCGGCGGCUGCCUCUUGCCAGGACUACCAUCACCACGACUACCACCAUCAAUACAAGACGGUCAUCCAACACGAAGCACCCAAGAAAAUUGAGGUGCAUCACCCUGUCCACACUAUCUCAUACAAGGCUGUCCCAGUCCACACAGUCCACGUGACUCAACAGAAGCACGAAGCUCCUAACCACUACUUCGUGCCUGCGCAGCCUGCCCCUGUUCACGAGAUCCUGGCUCCAGUCCAUGAGCUUCACGCCCCUGUAGUCCAUCACGCACCAGCUCCAGUUUAUCACGCUCCUGUAGUGCAUCACGCUCCUGCUCCAGUUCAUCACGAAGAGCCAAAGCACAAGGAAUCUCACCAUGAAGAGGAUUACUACGCUCACCCCAAGUACACUUACGAGUACAAAGUGGAGGAUCCUCACACCGGCGACAACAAGUUUCAACAUGAGACCCGCGACGGAGACGUCGUGAAGGGCGUCUACAGCCUGCACGACGCCGACGGAUCUAUCCGCACCGUCGAGUACUCCUCCGACAAGAAGUCUGGAUUCAACGCUAACGUCAAGACUACAACGAAGCACGUCCAGCCUCAACACCAUGAGUACCACCACUAAAUUUUAGACUCUACCUAAUUAAGCUAUGUGUUCAUUAGUUUUAAGAUGUUAAUAUAAUUUUAUUCAAUCA